AAGAUGCUGCAGAUCCAGCCCGAAAAGGAUAUCAUCGUGGAGUUCAUAAAAAACGAGGACUUCAAGUAUGUCCGAAUGCUUGGUGCGUUGUACAUGAGGCUGACAGGCACCGCCAUUGACUGCUACAAGUAUUUGGAACCGCUGUACAAUGACUAUCGCAAAAUAAAAAGUCAGAACAGAAAUGGGGAAUUUGAACUGAUGCAUGUGGAUGAAUUUAUCGAUGAACUACUCCACGAGGAACGUGUAUGCGAUAUCAUUCUGCCUCGAUUACAGAAACGAUAUGUUCUGGAAGAAGCUGAGCAGCUUGAGCCUCGUGUUAGUGCUUUGGAAGAAGACAUGGAUGAUGUAGAAUCUAGUGAGGAGGAGGAGGAGGAAGAUGAAAAGCUGGAGCGAGCACCCUCUCCUGACCACCGCAGAAGAGGCUACAGAGACCUGGAUAAACCUCGCAGAUCCCCAGCUGUGCGGUACAGGCGGAGCCGAAGCAGGUCUCCCAGAAGGCGAAGCCGCUCUCCAAAGAGAAGAAGUCCAUCACCACGUCGGGAGAGGCAUCGCAGCAAAAGCCCAAGAAGACACCGGAGCAGAUCCAGGGAGAGGCGCCACAGAUCAAGAUCUAAAUCUCCAGGGCAUCAUCGUAGUCACAGACACAGAAGUCAUUCCAAAUCACCUGAAAGAUCUAAGAAAAGUCACAAGAAGAGUCGGCGAGGGAAUGAAUAACAAAGUAAAUCCAGCAUGCAGUUUAAGGACCUUGAACUGCAGUCUAAUACUGUCCUGUUUGCUUUAAGGGACAGCUGAAUAUGUACUGGCUGCUUUAGCAGUCCAUUUCUUUAAUCCUUCUCUUGUACAAGUCUGGGUUGGUUUUUUUUUUUUAAUUAAAAGAAAACUAAGGAUACUUUUUAUGUAGUUGGUUACUCAUCCUUGUGAUAGAAUUUGAAGAUUGUUUUUAAAUUGUUUUUCUCAAGGCCUGUAAAAACCAGUGAAGAGCAAUAAAAAAAAAAAAAAGGGGGUUUUGUCUUUAAA